GGCUCCGGCGGCGCGGGGGUCGCAGCCGGGUCUGGUUCGGGGAAGGGGCGCGGGCCGGAUGGUGGCCUGGCGCUCGCUGCUCUGUGUCGCCUUCUGUGCCUGCUACCUGGCCUCCCACCUCACGAACAAGAUAAGAGAUGUCCAGAAGACAGUGUACCUAGGGCUCCACACUGUUACUAACUUCACCCUCUGGGGAGAAAAGGACCCUUGUAAGGCAAGAAAGGUUGGCUUCUGUUUGAGGUUUGGAGCGGCGGGUGUGCAGCAGAAGGAGGCUACUGGGUCAGGUAGGAGAGAAGCCACGAUGCCCCUGAGCUCUGGUGUUGGUGGCCUGGCCUGGUGGCAGGCACUCGUGGGCGGCCUCUUGCUGCACGUGUCCUGGAGACGGGGCUGGGUGGAGAUCGACAGCAGCUCCAGGUCUGAUGUGCUGACAUGGCUUCCAGCCUCCAUGCUGUUUGUGGGCAUAAUCUAUGCUGGGUCCAGGGCCUUGUCCAGACUGGAGGUGCACAGCUUUGCUCUCCAGUGCCAGUCUGCCCUGAUGUUCCUGCUCUGGAGCUGGCUGACUGUGGACGGAGCCAUCUGCAGCAGUAAGCCAGAUGAACCAUUGCCUCCUUGUGCUGAGAUGUUGAAAUUAAGGCAGCCUUUUUAUCUGUUUCUCCACAGUACCCUCUUCCUCCUGGCUGCUGCGGGGUGCCUUCCCUUCAACGAUCCUCAGUUUGAUCCAGAGGGAUAUUUUUGGGCUGUAAUUCACCUGUUCUGUGUAGGGGCUUAUAGGAUAGUGCGGAAGGCCCAGAACCUCAGCGUGUUAAGUGAUACUGAGCAGCAGUAUAUGAACUAUAUAUUCAGUGUGGCAUUCCUGGCACUUGCGUCUCACCCCACAGGUGACCUCGCCAACGUCCCGGACUUCCCAUUCCUGUAUUUCUACAGAUUUCACGGCAGCUGCUGUGCCAGUGGGGUCCUUGGCUUCCUGCUCAUGCUCAGCACGGUGAAGCUGCAGAGUGUCAUGGCCCCGGGGCAGUGUGCAGCCUGGAUCUUCUUGGCCCAGCCUCCUGCUAGGCGGGCUUGGAGAGGCCUUGCUGGUUUUCUCAGAGCAGAAGAGCUCCUGAUGACCAAGAAAGGAGAUUCACAGGUGGAUACCCGGAUGGAGAGCACCCAAGCCUUGGCCUUGAGCUCCCUGUUGGAGCAUCAGAAGACCUCCAGGACAGAGGGACUGAGCCCUGCCCAUGCCCUGCCCAAGCUGUGUGCUAAGGAGCUGCUUCAGGAGAACUUUCUGGGGUGUCCAGGCUGCCUCAGAGGGACGGCCCGCAUUGCAUCUUGCCCCUGGGACUCUUGGCUGUGCUGUGCUCAGUUCUGCAGAAAUGAGAGGUGCAGGAUUUCAGCAGCAUGGCUCCACACACCUGCAUCCCCCUGGAGGCCUUGGUAUACUAAACGCCCGCACCUGCCUGCUCUCCACUUCUCGCCUAAGGUAAAAAUGUUCAGCGGGAGCCUUGCACCAAGUAGCCUGCAUCCUGCUCUUCCCCAGGGCAUUAAACUUUGCUGAUCAAAGGGGAAAGACUUACUCUUUGCUCCCACCACUCUAAGCCCUGAAAUCAGUUCUUUUCCACUUGCAAAGAGUGGCAUCUGCCCAAAUGUCACCUCACGCCUGUCUCCUCGGCUGCUCUUUAAGCGCAUGACGUGUCCUCAGCUUGCGGAGGAGGAUGGCAGCCCAGUCCUGCUCCCAGCGGGGGACUGACCCUAAACACUUGUGCCCGAGAGUUUAGACCCUUUUGGUUUUAAGA